UCUCCGGCGACCACUCGACGACGCGGACAGCCGAAAGGCAUCUCAUCGCCCCCCUUGGAGAAGAUGGAUUCUCCUGCCCGGGGUUACGAUGACGAGAACGAGAAGACGGUCGAUCAAGCCGCCAACGGUUUGGCCAUGAAUGGGCACGCAUCUAGCGAGAAGUCUAUGCAGACUGCUAGUCGUAUAGUCGCCGGUCUCUUUUCUCAAUGGAUCACCGUUGGUGUUAUGCUUGGCCUGAUCUUUGGCGGCUGCUGCUCCAAUGUCUAUGCCUUGGAAGCCAUCAUCAAGGUCGAACCUGCAAGUGGAACACUCUUGACGUUUGUCCAAUUCCUCUUCGUGGCUGUCACCGGAUACUUUUCCCAAUUCGAUCGAUCGAGACCACCCUUCUUCUUACAGCAGAAUAAGGUCCCUCUACGCCGCUGGAUCAUCAAUAUUGUCCUGUUCUUCAGCAUCAAUGUGUUGAACAACCAUGCGUUCAGCUACGAUAUCUCCGUCCCUGUGCACAUCAUUCUUCGGUCCGGUGGAAGUAUUACAACCAUGGUUGCCGGGUCUCUUUAUGGGAAAAAGUAUUCGCGCAUACAGAUCGUGGCCGUCAUUCUCCUGACAUUCGGUGUCAUCACCGCAGCUUGGUCGGAUUCGCAGUCCAAGACCGCUUCAAAAGCGACCGAGGGGAGUGGCAAGCCCGCUUUUGGGACCGGCCUCGUUGUACUGUUCGUGGCGCAGGUCCUCUCCGCCAUCAUGGGUCUCUACACUGAAGAGACGUACAAACAAUACGGCCCCCAUUGGCGAGAGAAUCUCUUCUAUUCACACCUUCUGUCACUGCCACUCUUCUUACCGUUUGCGCCAUCACUGAUCCGCCAAUUCCGAAAACUUGCAAACAGUCCGCCUCUGUCACUGCCGAUGGCGCAACUUCCCGGCCUUGGCCUCAGUGGGGAUGUUGGAGAUGGGCUCUUUCAACUCCAAAUUCCGAGCCAACUUGCUUAUCUUGUGACAAACGUCGUUACCCAGUACGCAUGUAUCCGGGGUGUAAACUUGCUCGCUGCCGUGUCCUCGGCAUUAACCGUCACCAUUGUCCUGAACAUUCGCAAGCUAGUCAGUUUGCUGUUGAGCAUAUGGCUUUUUGGGAAUCGCUUGGCCGCGGGGACCCUGAUCGGGGCAAUCAUUGUAUUUGGAGCUGGAGGGCUAUACUCGUUGGAUUCUAGAGCCAAGACUUCAAGGGCGCAGAAGAAUGUGGGUGCGAAAUAGAGCCAGGAAUUUUAGACAGACUGGACGAACUCACGUAUCUGAUCCAGCGGCAGGAAACCCUUCUUAGAAACUUUCAGACACAUUUCUAGUUGAGAACUUGAGUUACACAGCUGGUGUCGGUUUGGCGAUCCAGCAUGGUUACUGCUUGGACCUCUCGAUAGUGACCUACAUUAUGACUGUGAUCGUUGACUCAUCCGGCGACCUUCUUGAAUUGCCUAUGCACUAUUGAAUGGUAUUAAUCUAUCGAACAGUCAGGGUAGGUAGGUAGGCCAAAAGCUAGUUCCAUUACGAUACCCAGGG